AUGAUGGAGGCCUACUAUCGCUCUGCCACAGCGCGAGUUCUGGUUCACAACAAUCCCCACUGUCCAAUACACGGCCUAGUGUUCGGCGAGGUUAUUGAAAGUGCUCCACCUUGUUUUGACAGUUCGGAGUUUGAAUCCGGACGUCAGAUAGCUGACUUACGCUACGCUGAUGAUGAUUUCCUCUUGCUAGUCCGAAGCUUUGGCUGUCUACAAGAUCGCCUGGCGGACGCUUCGAGUAAGAGGGCAGACGUUCACACCUUCAAGACCACCCUGGAGUCGGUGAUCUCAGCCCACUUUCCCGGUCUGCGGUCACGUGUCUGUGUACAGCUAGUGCCCUGUCCCCCGGUCGUCUCCGACACCCUAAAUACUCUCGACACGUAG